AUGGCUCGCGAAAUCAACAAGCCCGAUGUAAUCGCUGAAUUAGAAGCAGCGUUUACCAUGUAUGAACAAGCUCUAAUUGAUAACGACGUGAAAAUAAUGAAUUUACUCUUCUGGAGCGCACCUGAAACAGUUCGCUAUGGUAUUGCCGACAUUCAAUAUGGUGGAGAAGCAAUCUAUGAGUGGCGUGCGCCUGCACCGCCGGUGUCGAUUUAUCGACAACUUCAUCGUACGGUCAUCACGACAUUUGGUAUUGACUUCGGAACAGUCAGUACUGAAUUUAGUAAUGAUGUCGAAAAGUCAGUAUGUGGUCGGCAAAUGCAAACAUGGGUUAGAGUAGGAUCGAAAACAGAUUUAGCCAAUGGCUGGAAAAUUGUUGCUGCUCAUGUCAGUUUGACCCAAUCAACUUGA